AUGUCGGUCUCCAUUGAAACCACUCAAAUUCCUACUGCCCCUAUGACUUCUCAACCUGUUAUUCUGGGCCAACAGGCCCGGAUGCCAGAGUUCAGCCUGGCUGGCAAGGUUGUGCUGGUCUCCGGCGCCGGCCGUGGCCUGGGUCUGACCCAGUCAGAGGCUUUGCUGGAGGCUGGAGCCAAAGUCUACGCUCUUGACCGUUUGGACGAGCCGGCCCCGGAAUUCUUAGUGAUCCAGCAGCGUGCCAAGGAGCUCGGAACCGAGUUGCACUACCGCCGUAUCGAUGUGCGUGACACAGAACUGUUGAACAGCGUCAUCGAGGCCAUUGCCAACACAGAAGGCCGCAUGGAUGGCCUGGUCGCCGCCGCCGGUAUCCAGCAAGAGACUCCCGCUCUGGAGUACUCUGCCAAGGACAGCAACACCAUGUUCGAAGUCAACGUGACUGGUGUAUUCAUGACUGCCCAGGCUGUUGCCAAGCAGAUGAUUCGCUUUGGUAACGGCGGUAGCAUUGCCAUGAUCGCCUCUAUGAGUGGUACCAUUGCCAAUCGGGGUCUUAUUUGUCCCGCCUACAACGCCAGCAAGGCUGCUGUUAUUCAGCUUGGCCGGAACUUGGCUGCCGAGUGGGGCCCGUACAACAUUCGUGUUAACACAAUCUCUCCGGGCUACAUAGUCACUGCGAUGGUGGAGAAGUUGUUCAUUGAUUUCCCUGAGCGCCGCGAUCAGUGGCCAAAAGAGAAUAUGCUCGGUCGUCUGUCUCGUCCUGAGGAGUACCGUGGUGCUGCUGUUUUCCUGCUUAGCGACGCUAGCACCUUCAUGACUGGCAGCGACCUGCGCAUGGACGGUGGCCAUGCCGCGUGGUAA